CUCCGCGGACCGGGCGACCUCGUGUGCAGCAAGAGCGGCGCUCUCCGUCCCGCUGACCCCGCGCCGAGCCCGGGCGGCUCGUGCCGCGGCAGCACACCGCGCCACGCGUCGAGAGCGCAGGCCCCGAAGGCCCGCAGCAUUGACAGCAUGAGCCGUACGGCCUACACUGUGGGAGCCCUGCUUCUCCUCUUGGGGACCCUGCUGCCGGCUGCUGAAGGGAAGAAGAAGGGGUCCCAAGGGGCCAUCCCCCCGCCAGACAAGGCCCAGCACAAUGACUCGGAACAGACUCAGUCUCCCCAGCAGCCUGGCUCCAGGAACCGGGGGCGGGGCCAGGGGCGGGGCACUGCCGUGCCUGGGGAGGAAGUGCUGGAGUCCAGCCAGGAGGCCCUGCAUGUGACCGAGCGCAAAUACCUAAAGCGAGACUGGUGCAAAACCCAGCCGCUGAAGCAGACCAUCCACGAGGAGGGCUGCAACAGCCGCACCAUCAUCAACCGUUUCUGCUACGGCCAGUGCAACUCCUUCUACAUCCCCAGGCACAUCCGGAAGGAGGAAGGCUCCUUUCAGUCUUGCUCCUUCUGCAAGCCCAAGAAGUUCACCACCAUGAUGGUCACGCUCAACUGCCCCGAACUACAGCCACCCACCAAGAAGAAGAGGGUCACUCGUGUCAAGCAGUGUCGUUGCAUAUCCAUCGAUUUGGAUUAAGCCGGCCCUACCCAGCCUGUCCUUGGGGUGCAGCCCCCAGAACCAGACCUAAAUCAACCUGAUUCUUACUUGGCUUAAAUCUAGAGGCGAGAAGAACCACCAGCUGCCUCCUGCCAGGAGCCUGCUAGUGCGUAGUUUGUGUGCAUGAGUGUGCGUGGGUCCCUGUGGGUGUUUGCAGACACCAGAGGAAACACAGUCUCUGCUAGAGGACACUUCCUAUUAUGUAAACGUAUCUGCUUCCAUGCGGGAUGGUACAGAAAGCCCACACCACCUGAGGCACAUUCGGAGGGGCAGGGUUGUGGUCGGGUUCUGCCUUGGUCUUCCAUGUGCCCUCCUGGGGACCAGAACCUCCCUUCAGAAUGAAUGUUAAUGGAAGAGGCUACUCUGAGGGCAAGAGACCUGUUUUAGUGCUGCCUUGGCCUUAGAAAGGAUAUUUCAACCCGUGCUUGCUUUCCCCCUUCCUCUUCCCUGUCACAGACCAUCCCUUCUUAGGAUCUCAGUGACUAUUUCCGUCUAAUCCCCUACCUGCCAGAGGUUCUAAAGUAACUCGCUUGACCACAGAUGCAAAUGUUUCCUAUUUGGGGAAGACCUUUCAGACUCUCUCGGGGAGGCUGGUAGGGCAGGAAGGUUAGAGGAUUGAGAGAAGGGAGAGAUCGCAGGUGAGCACAAGUUGGCCCAGCAAAAUUCAGGAGGGAGAUGUGCAGAGCCUGGAAAGGCCAACCCCCAAACACAGUGAGACCCAUGCUUUAGCAAGUUUUUUCCUGGUAUUUAAAGAACCCAAGGGAACAGAGGAGAAAUGAAAUUGCCAAAAAAAAUCAUUAACUUUGUGAGUCACUGUGACUGUCGAAAUUAGCUGUAACCCAAUACCAAACUUAAAACAUAAACAUUGACCACUCCUAUUUUCAGAACCAAGGGAGUGAGCGAAACCAAAACAGCCCCUUCUGCUUUGCCCCUCAGAUGGACAAAAGAUGUAGUUCAGAAACCCCCCCACAGGAAUAGGAAAAAGACAAAACCCUUAUAAGCAGAAGGUCUUAUUAUCUUUCCUUUCGGCUGGGGUAUAAACCUCUUUCCCAGUUCAUUAUUCCUGUGUCAUGUUUCUGAGAGCCACAACCCUGUAUUGUAAAGAUUUUGCCUCUGCUGAAUGUACCUGACAGUGAAGGACCAGGCUAAGAUAAGAGAGUUUAGGCCUGCUCCUUUUUAGAAAGAAGUAUAUUUGGGGUCUUUUUGUUUUAACCAUCUAUAAGAGAUUGAGCUGGAGAGUAAGGAAAGGAAGGAGAUUGCCUCUGGCUAAGGAGUAGUCAAAAGUCAGGGAGGACAUGUAAGGGAUACACCAGCCCUUCUUCCUUUGCCCUUGAAGGGUCUAAUGGGAACCCCCAGUUAAGAAAUCAGAGUAUUUGUGUGCAUUAGCUGUCCUACAGCUGGUAGGAUUUAUGUAACAUUGUAACCAUUUGGAAACUACUGUUCCCUGAUUAAACUUAGGUUAUUUGCAAUGCGUAUUUAGUAUUUAUCUGAUGGCCAAAGCACAGGGUGGGUGAACCUUCCUGCAUUUUGGAUUUGGACAACUUGCUCUCUUCAAGCCUGAGGUUUUAUAUGUAAACCACCCCACACCCCCGAUACUCUUUUUGCCUUGCAUCCUCUCAGUCUCACCAGCCAAGUCAUGUGGAACAUGAGAAACAAACACCAUAGACUUGUGUUUCAGUUGCCCAUGAAGGCUCCAGCAUUCAAAGAACCAGUGCAACUAAAGAGGCUGCUUUUAUUUUAUUUUUGUUUUGGUCCAGUGCUCUCCCUACUAACAAAUAAAUAGGAACCAUACUUUGAGGCAGAAGUCAUCUUGAACACCCGAAAUAUUGGGUCUAGUUUUAAAACUUUGAAAUUCACUACUGAUGAUUCUACACUAGGCAAAUUUGUGCAAACACAUAGUCUGUGCAUGUCACAUACACCGUACGCCCCUGCCCUAAAUCCUUGUGUCAUCCACGCCCUCCCAACAAUAAAACACAGAAUGGAUUUAAUUAAGCAUGCAAAUGCUAAGCUAGAAUUUUGAGGGUGGGGGAGAGGAAAAAGGGGAAGGAGCUGAAAAUAUAAAACCACACUAGAGAGGAAGAAUGACACUCAGAACCAGCAGACACCGAAUCUCUCUUGUUCUAACUCUGCCACAAGCAUGCAGUUUUGUUAAAAAGAGAUGACUUCAGUUGGCAGCAGGAAUCUUCUUUUAGUAGCUUGUACCACAGUCUUGCAUGUAAGUUGGAUUUGGCUUAAGUAAAGAGAAUUUCCUCAAAAUGAGCUUCACUGGGAUAAUCAGCAGCAUAACUGCCCUAAAAGCACAGCACUAGCCAAAGAGGGAAAUGUCUGCUUUUCUUAUUGUGCCUACAUUAAGACUAGCCCAAGUCCCGUGUGUCUUCCAACAUUUAUUGAAAGUGCCAUAUCUGUUACAUAUUGUAUUGGAGUCACCGAUGAUGUAAUGAUAUGUUUUUUUCAUUACUAUAGUAGAAUUUUUUAUGGCAAGAUAUUUGUGAUCUAGAUCUUUCCUAUUAAAAUAAUGCCAAACACCAAAUAUGAAUUUUAUGAUGUACACUUUGUGCUUGGCAUUAAAAGAGAAAAACACAUCCUGCAAGUCUGUAAGUUGUUUUUUGUUAUUGUAGUUCUGCAAAGUUAAAAAUGUAAGUGAAAAAUCUGGAGGAAAGGAUAAUUUCCACUGUGUGGAAUGUGAAUAGUUAAUCAAAAAGUUAUGGUUAUUUAAUGUAAUUAUUAACUCAAAUCCUUUGGUCACUGUGAUUUCAAGCAUGUUUUUUUCUCCUUUAUAUGACUUCCUCUGAGUUGAGCAAAGAAGAGGCUGGCGCAUUGUAUAUUGUUGGAGGAUUUUAUCAGAGGGAAACAAAAUCUUGACACAUCUGAACGUGUGUUACAGAGUCAAGACCUGAGCUUUUAUUUUUUUAAUUGAAUGUUCCUUAAAGGUUAACUGAGGCAAUUUAAGAAAGAUCUUAAAUGUUAUUUUGGAAGAAUUAAAAUGUGUGUAUACAAACAAAUAGCAGAUAAUAAUGAAUAGUUCACAAGUUCCUUUAAGGAGAAAAUCUAAAAUAAAAAAUGUAUGUACAGAACAUUUAUAAAUCACCAGUUAAUGCUGAAGAGUGAAAGUAGUUCUACUGAUUUGUCAUUCUCAAUAUAUUUAAUAUCAACUGCAUUAUGUAUUAUGUCUGCUUUGAUCAUUUAAAACAACAAAUUUAUGAAGACUAUGAUUGGGGUCCUUUGCUGUCUAUGAGGAUGAGAGGGGAUGUGAUAGUCUCAUAAAAGCUAAUUGGGUUGAAAGCAACGUUUUAUGAAUCCGUAACUAGAAUUUAAUU